AUGGAUUUCGAAUUUUUCAAAGACUUUCCGGUUGAAAUGAUGGGAAAUAUUUGGCAGUGGGUGAGUUCAAAAUUUUCCGGCUGGCUAUUUUUUUUUUGAAUGAAAAAAAUUGUUAAUUUUUUGUUCAAAAAAUUUUUGUAAUUAAUUUUUUGAUUGACAUAACAGUUGGAAAAAGUUUAAAAAUUGGAUCAGAUAUUUCCAGUUGUUCAUUAUAUUAUUUUUAGCUUCCAUACCAAGCUUCACAAAAUUUGCGACAAACCCAUUCAUCUUUGAACAACUCGUUUCUCACAAAAAGUAAUCAAGAUUUGAUGGCUGCACCAAUUCCUGAAGUUACUAUAAAUCAGGUGCACGAUGUUUAUUUCAAAAAUGACAGAUGUCGAAGAACUGGCCUAGAACUGGUAAACGUUUGCUGUGACAAAUUGAUUGUUGAAUUCACCAAUGGACAUUUGCCAAAACUUAAAGAUAUAAUGGAUACUUGGAAAGUUAAAAAAUUGGUGAUUCGAAACAACGCGGUUAACAAAGAAUUUCUUCGAUAUCUUCAUGAUUUCUCAAAAGAUAUCACAAUAAUUGCACGUAAUUUCACCGAAAACAGUUUAUAUCUUCCAAAUGUGACAUCAAUCGAAAUAUCCGAACCGAUUAUGUUUUUCAAUAUGAAAAAAUUUAUGAAUCAAUUGCCAAACUUGAAAAAAUACAAAAUUGUGUUGACAAUCGCUGGAUUGUGUGUUUAUCCAAAAAUUGUUCAAGCAUACUGGAGAGAUAAUCUUGAAUUAAUUGAGAUUAAUAUGUCAACUCAAAUGGUGAAAGACGAUGUCAAAUAUUUUCUGUAAGUUAUUUCUCUUUUCAAUAUUAUUUUGAAUUUAUGAGAAAAUAAAUUGUAAAAUUUUCAGAGAAUCAUUCAAAUACGAGGUAAUGCAAUUGAUGCCAGAUCUUUUGAACGUCAAAAUCGAUUUGGAAAAGCAACGUCUACAAAUCACACCACGAAAAACUAUCUAA